AUGCCAGAGUACGAAGUAAUGUAUUUUGAGGCUACAGGCCGCGCUGAAGCUAUCCGGUUGAUGUUUAGCUACGCUGGUAUUCCGUUCAAAGAUACCCGAGUCACUUUCGAUGAGUGGCCUGAACUUAAGAAGGAUACAACUAGUAUGUAUAUUGUAGUAGAUGUACUUUAGCUCUUUUAUAUAGCCUUUUCAUAGUAAAAAUAGUAACUUUUAUAUUGUUAUAUAUUAUGGUAGAUCUACUGUUACAUAUUGUUGUAUAUUGUGUUAGACCUAAAGUAUAUAGAAGUUUAUAUGUUGUGAUAGACCUAAAGCAAUAUUCAUUCCAGAAGUCCCCUACCAAGUCUUGCCAGUCCUGUUCGUCGAUGAUAAAUUGCUGGCUGAAAGCCACACAAUCUACCGUUAUGUUGCCAAGUUGACUGGUCUUACUGGCGGUCCGGACCCAUUUGAUGAAGCUGUUGUUGAUCAAGCCCACGAAGUUUGUCGUGGCUUCAAUGAUGCAGCGUAUGGCUAUGUUUACGUGGUUUUGGGCUUUUGGAAACAGGAUAAGGUAGGAUAAAGCAAUAUAAACUAGAGUAAAGUAGGAUAGAAGUUGUUUAGACAAGAGCGUUACGAAAGGGAGUCUUUAGUUGGGCUAGGGUAAAAAUUGAUUGAGAAUUGUCAAGUUAGAAGGAAAAUACAGUAAGGCUAAAGUAAAUCUACGUAUGAGACUACAGUAAAUAUACAAAAAGGAGAAAAAGCAAGGUACUGUAAGAUUAGGGUAGAGUUGACGUGAAGCUACAAUGAGGGUAGGGUGGAGCCAGGGACGUCGUUUGAAAGGGGGGGGUGGCAGGGGGGGGGGUACCCCCCAGAGCCGAUUCGAAAAAAAAAUUUCACAGGUAGGUACCUGUACGCGGAAAAACAAAAAAAAUUUUUUGAAAAGUCGGUCCACAGGUAACUUACAGUAGAACCAUAGUAACAGGAAAACCACGAUAAGACUAUAGUAAGGCCAACAAAAAGCUCACAGUAGAACUAUAGUAAAGCUAACAAAAAAGCCACAGUAAGACCGUAGUAGAGAGAGACCACAGUGAGUUUAUGGUAAAUCUGAAAGGAAGGCCACAGUAGUACUAUAGUAAGGCUAACAUAAAGGCCACAGAAAGGCGAUGGUAAGGCUAACAAAGAAGCCACUGUUCAUACCUUACUCUACUCCAUCCCAUUUUCCAGAACGAAGCUUACAAGAAUAUCCUUCUGCCAAACGUUGAAAAGUAUUUCCCUCGGAUCUCAGCUCUCUUACAGCCUUCUGGCUACUUUGGUAAAAACGGCCCGACUUAUGCUGACUUUUCCUUCUGUCAAACGAUCGAAGGCUACAAUAGCAUGGUGCCGGAAGUUGUGGCCAAGUACCCGGAGUUUUUGGCUCAUUAUGAAAGAAUGAUGAAGCUACCUCAGAUUCAAGACUACCUCAAGAACCGCCCGGCAGCAAAAUGUACGAUGAUCUUGAAAAAAUCAAGCAAACUUGUGAUUGUGUUCAGGAAAAGAAAUGAUUUAUAUUUUUUUUGA